AUGGAGGAAGCGAGUGUUGAAACUGAUUUACUGAUAGAAGCAGUCGAAGAUGAUGACAUGCCGGACUUGCUGGAAACGAUCCCUACACAUUUUGCUACCUUGCCUCAUCGAAUGGAAGACGAAGACAUCAUUCCAUCGGCAGAAGAGGGAUUUGAUGUGGUACGAAGGAGGAAAAGGAAUCGUGACAAUGUUGGAAUGAUAUCAGAAAAAUCUGAAAUUAUUGUUGCAAAACAAAUACACUACAAGAAACAUAGGGGUUUGACAAAUGUUGAAGUGCGCAAAGUCCCAGUGCCACCACAUCGGUAUUCACCACUAAAAGAGCACUGGUCAAAAAUUAUUUUGCCAAUCAUCAAGCAGUUACAUCUACAAAUAAGAUUCAACCUGAAAACACGAAAUGUGGAAAUUCGUGUAUCGAGUGAGACUGAGGAUCCUACACAUUUGCAAAAGAUUAGUUGCUUUUGUCUGAAAAUGGCUGAUUUUGUCCGCGCUUUUGUUUUGGGUUUCGAUGUUGAUGAUGCGGUAGCAUUAAUUAGACUGAAUCAUUUAUUCUUAGAAAGUUUCGAAAUUAAUGAUGUUAAGCCACUAAAAGGAGAGCAUUUGUCACGUGCUAUUGGACGAAUUGCUGGCAAAGAUGGUCGAACCAAAUUCACGAUUGAAAACAUAACUAAGACUCGUAUUGUGCUUGCCAACAGUAAAAUUCAUCUACUUGGUGCGUACCAAAAUAUUCGGAUAGCAAGGAAUGCAAUCUCUUCAUUGAUUAUGGGUAGCCCGCCAUCAAAAGUAUAUGGUAAUUUACGAAAUCUUGCAAAUCGAGCAAGUGAACGCUUGUGA